CCACUUCCUAAACAAACGCCCUCGCUGACCCACGGCGACGUGAUGACGUCACAAGUCCUCAUCCCCUCCUGUGUUUAUUAUGUGGUUGGUAAGCAGCAGCUGCUAACUAGCAUCGAGCCUCGUCUUCAAACAUGCUCUGAGCUCACAGCUGGCAGGUUUGGAGGACCGAGAUGGCAGUGUGUGCACUGACCAUGUUGGAUGGGAUGGAGGAUGAGGUAACAGCAGCAGGCGGUGUGUUGCUCCUGGCCCUGGCCCUCGUCUUGGCUUGGCUCUCGACCCAUGUGGCCGACAGGGGAGAUCACAUACUGGGCACCAUCCUCACCGUGGGCGCCCACGCCUCUCUCAUCGGACUGGGAGGCCAUGACAGCUACAGCGGAGGGUCCCCCAGCGCAGACGCGCCUGAACAGCAGGCCCCUCCACCCUCGCAGGAGAACAAACCUGACGACAGUGAGUCGGGGACCGAGAGAGGAGAGGGCGAGGGGACAGGGGAGGGAGCCGAGGGGGUCAGGACAGAUCUCCUGCUGGACAUCCAGAGCAAACAAGCACAGGCCGGAAGACUGCACACUUCACAUGAGGAUGAUGAUGACGACGACAUUGAUGAGGAGGAGGAGGAUGAUGAUGAUGAUGAUGAGGAGUUGGAGGAGGAUGAUAAAAAGAUAUUAAAGCAUAUCCCCGUGUUGUCCAGCACCGUUUACCCCCCCACCACCACCACCACCUGCAUCUCUGUUCGUCUGAAGUUUUUAAAUGACACGGAGGAGGUAGCUGUUGUUGAACCGGAGGACACAGUGGGAGGACUGAAAAGUAAAUACUUCUCCGGUCGUGAGCAUCAAAUAAAACUUAUCUACCAAGGCCAGCUGCUGCAGGACCCCAAGAAGACUCUGCUAUCCCUGAACAUCACACACAACAGCGUGAUCCACUGCCACAUCUCCCCGACGCUGCACGAGCCCACCCCAGAGGAGGGGGCUCAGUCUGGGGCCGGAGCCGGUUCCGGGGUCUCCGGAGGAUUCCGAGCUGCCGGUGUGGCCAUCAGCACCGGUAGCCUGGUGGUGCCUGUGUUUGUGGUGAUACUGUCGGUGGUGUGGUACUUCCGCAUCAACUACAGGCAGUUCUUCACUGCCCCUGCGACCAUCUCCCUCGUGGGAGUCACUGUGUUCUUCAGCUUUCUGAUAUUUGGUAUGCACCGCCGCUGAAAAGGCACAUGAAUGUUGGGAGGUAAAAUAAAAAUAACUACAGCAGUGGGAGGCACCUUGAGACGUGGACUAAUCAAAGGAAGCUUGGUGCAGAUGUCACGGCUGAUUGGGUUCCUGCAGAGAGUGUGUGUGUGUGUGUGUGUGGAUAGGUGAGCCUGUUUGUGCAUGCACCAAGAUUAUAAACAGAUGAGUGACUGUACUGUAUACAUGAGGUAAAUAAUAAUCUGCAGUGGUUCAUGCCAUGUUCAAACACUCUGUCUCUCUCUCUGUCUGCUCUUUUAUUGUUCGCUAAAGAUCCAUGAUGCGUUUGUGUGUCAUCGUUUUUGAGGCCAUUGUUUCCGUGUUCAAACAAGUUUAAAAUUAACUGAUAGAUGCAAGAAUUGGAACCACUCACUGUCGUCCCGUUUGUGUGCCAGUUUAACUCUUUACUAUUAUUUUUGUGUUAUUUGAACGAUUCAAGCUCCGUGUAAGCAUAUAUAGACUGUACAGCUGCCUCAGUGCUAGGCUGAAAAUUGAAAAUUUCAGAUAUUUUUGUCGCUGAAAAAACUAUUGCUAUGUAGAAACAGGCUAAUUUAAAUAAUCACUAGAGCUGAAUAUAGACACUUUUUGAGGAGAUAUUGUAAAUAUGUUGUGUAUUUUCUGUAAAUAAAAACGAUAGAAUGAAUCAGAUGAACCUGCAUCUGGCACUUACAGAUUUGGAGGGGGGGGAACACAACCCCUCCUGAUUAUGCUGGACUGCUCUGGCUUCAGUGAUGUCUCAAAUUAAAGCAUUUCAAACCAAA